AUGAAAGAAGCGAGUUAUGCUGAUGAGUUGAAAACACUUGCAAGCUUCAAAGAAACUAGAAACGAGUGGUUCUUGAAAGAAGAGAAAAAGAAAAGGAGCAGAAAAGCAACUCCAAAAGUUCAAAAAGAGGAGGGUUCAUCUUCUAAACCUCAGAAAAAGCGUCAAAAGAAGGUUGUUGAAACCAUGCUUGUUGAUGAAUCAGAAGAAGAAGAUGAAGCUGUAGACGAAGAUUCAGAGAAGGCAAUUGGUGAAAAUGAUGGUGACGAUAGUUCAUCAAGUUCAUCUGAAGAAGAAAUUGAUGAAACAGAACGUGCGAAGAGAAUUAAAGCUGAAAUUGGAAAAGAGAAAAAGCUCAAGAGAAAGAGGAAAGAAGAUAAAGAUGAUGAAUUGUACAAUCCAUCUCCUGAGCAGAUUAUUGAAUCUCAAACGCCUCCAUCAUCUGGUGGCAGGAAGAAAGCUAGUGCAAGAAAGCAAGUGAUGUCUCCACAAGCAGCGAGGAGAAAGUUGAUCGUGAGACUACCUAAACGCACACUGAAAACAAAAUCUAGCCAACCACCAUCACCAUCACCACCACCUGAACCAUCACCACCUCAAUCACCACAUAAAUCACCACCAAAACAACCUACACCACCACCAUCACCGCCACCACAUUUUUCACCACUACAUCAAUCACCACCACAUCUUUCACCACCACAUCAAACAUCAAUCCAAGAACAACCUGUUGUUACUUCCCAACAAAUUUUCCAAACACCACCAUCCACACAACCACCUGUCCAAACAACUCCUGGAUCUUCUGGAUUCAGAAAUUUUCCAAACAUCCCUAUGAAUGUGAAUAUUGGUCUUGACGAUAUUGGAGAUUUUGACUUUGCAAAUAAUGAACAAAAAGUUGAAGCUGAUCAGACAGAGGUUGAUAUUCUUAAAGUAAAAGUUGUUGAAUUAGAAGAAGAGAAAGCACGCAGAGAUGAGCAGAACAAAUACUUCGAGUUAAAGAACAAAGAGUUGGAAGUUGUUAAGGCAAUGAAAGAACACGAGAUAUACAUGAUGAAUAAAGUGUUAGAAAACAUGCUUGGAAAGUCUGUUGAGCAGAGAUUUGAAGAGAUUGAAGUUGAAGAGGUUAGAGCUCGACGUCCAGCUGAAAUUGAUGCUCAGAUGAAAAAUAAAGGAAAGGGUGUUGAAGGUGUUAGUGAAAUUGCUGAAAGAUUAAUUGUUCCAUCUUCUGUUUCUGAAUUACCUAUUCAGAAUCCUCGUCCAAUAUCUGUUGUUUCCGGUAUUUUUGAGGAAGAUGUAUUGAUUGAUAAUGUUAUUAAUGAUCAGGAAGUUGUUGAUGAGGAUAAUGACGAAGAGGAUGAUGAUGAAGAGGAUGAUGAUGAAGAUAAAGUUGAUGAUGCAGAUGAUGUAUUCUCUGCAAGUAGUCACAGUGAUGAUGAUGAUGAUGACAAUGGUCAGGGUGGUACUAGUGUCAAAGUUACUGAAGCAUCGAAUGAAGAAAAUGUUGAUGAUUUUCUUCACGAUGAUGUGAAUGAAGAACCUGAAGGUGCAGAAGGUGAGGGGGAGAACUACAAGUAUGUUGAUGAAGUUGAUAACUAUGAUAGGGUUGAGGUUAAGGAUUGUACUGAUGAAGAAAGUGUGAAUGAAGACACUUCAAACUUUCCAACUCUGGUUGAAUUUUUCAGUCAAGGGAACGUCGAUGAGUUGAGAAGAAAAGUUUCUGAAUGUCUGAAAGAUAAAAACUUUGAUGGUACAGUGAAAAAUGCUCAGAAGGAAGAAAGGAAGAAAUGGUUUCGAAAGUGUAAUGAACGAAAGUUUAAGCGGCCAUUGAAGUAUUAUAAAAGAGAUAGAGAUGUGUCACUGUGA